UUUGACAGGACAUGCAGAAAAGGUGGGCAUUGAAAAUUUUGAACUCCUGAAGGUCCUAGGAACUGGAGCGUAUGGCAAAGUAUUUCUAGUCCGCAAAGUCAGCGGUCACGACACUGGAAAGCUGUACGCCAUGAAGGUCUUGAAGAAGGCGACAAUCGUUCAGAAGGCCAAAACCACAGAGCACACGAGGACCGAGCGGCAGGUCCUGGAGCACAUCAGGCAGUCGCCAUUUCUGGUGACGCUACACUACGCCUUCCAGACUGAAACCAAACUUCACCUCAUCUUAGAUUAUAUAAAUGGUGGAGAACUUUUUACUCAUCUUUCUCAAAGAGAGCGUUUCACAGAGCAUGAGGUGCAGAUCUAUGUUGGAGAGAUCGUGCUUGCCCUCGAACACCUCCACAAGUUGGGGAUUAUAUACCGUGACAUUAAGCUUGAGAAUAUCCUACUUGAUUCUAAUGGCCAUGUGGUGCUGACAGAUUUUGGUCUGAGUAAGGAGUUUGUGGCUGAUGAAGCUGAAAGAGCAUAUUCCUUCUGUGGGACUAUUGAAUACAUGGCACCAGAUAUUGUCAAAGGAGGCGAUUCCGGGCAUGACAAGGCAGUUGACUGGUGGAGCUUGGGUGUGCUAAUGUAUGAGCUGCUAACUGGAGCCUCUCCUUUCACUGUGGAUGGAGAGAAGAAUUCCCAGGCUGAGAUAUCGAGGAGAAUAUUAAAAAGUGAGCCUCCAUACCCCCAAGAGAUGAGUGCUUUAGCUAAAGACUUAAUUCAACGACUUUUGAUGAAAGAUCCCAAGGAAAGAUUGGGAUGUGGACCACGCGAUGCAGAUGAAAUCAAAGAACAUCUGUUUUUUCAGAACAUACAUUGGGAUGAUUUAGCCGCCAAAAAAGUGCCUGCGCCUUUUAAGCCGGUCAUCCGAGAUGAGUUAGACGUGAGUAACUUCGCAGAAGAGUUCACGGAGAUGGACCCCACCUACUCCCCGGCGGCGCUGCCUCAGAGCUCGGAGCGGCUGUUCCAGGGCUAUUCCUUUGUCGCUCCGUCUAUUCUGUUCAAACGCAAUGCGGCCGUCACAGACCCCUUUCAGUUCCAUGUGGGGGCAGAGCGUCCCGGAGUGACGACCGUCGCCAGGAGCGCGAUGCUGAAGGACUCUCCAUUCUACCAACACUACGACCUAGAUCUGAAGGACAAGCCCUUGGGAGAAGGAAGCUUCUCAAUUUGUCGCAAGUGUAUUCACAAAAAGAGUAACCAAGAGUUUGCAGUCAAGAUAAUCAGCAAGAGGAUGGAAGCUAAUACUCAGAAAGAAAUAACAGCUCUGAAGCUCUGUGAAGGACACCCCAAUGUCGUGAAAUUGCAUGAAGUUUUUCAUGAUCAGCUUCACACGUUCCUGGUGAUGGAACUCCUCAAGGGGGGAGAGCUGUUCGAGCGCAUUAAGAAGAAGCAGCACUUCAGCGAGACGGAGGCCAGCCACAUCAUGCGCAGGCUCGUGUCGGCCGUGAGCCACAUGCACGACGUGGGCGUGGUGCACCGGGACCUGAAGCCCGAGAACUUACUGUUCACUGAUGAGAAUGACAAUUUGGAAAUUAAAGUCAUCGAUUUCGGGUUCGCGCGGCUAAAGCCCCCCGAUAACCAGCCCCUGAAGACGCCAUGCUUCACUCUGCAUUACGCCGCGCCGGAGCUGCUCAACCACAGCGGCUACGACGAGUCCUGCGACCUCUGGAGCCUGGGCGUCAUCUUGUAUACGAUGUUGUCGGGGCAAGUUCCGUUCCAGUCUCAGGAUAAAAGUCUGACGUGUACCAGUGCGGUGGAGAUCAUGAAGAAAAUCAAAAAGGGCGAUUUCUCCUUUGAAGGAGAAGCCUGGAAAAAUGUAUCUCAGGAGGCUAAAGAUUUGAUCCAAGGACUCCUCACAGUCGAUCCAAAUAAAAGACUUAAAAUGUCUGGCUUGAGAUACAAUGAAUGGCUUCAAGAUGGCAGUCAGCUGUCCUCAAAUCCUCUGAUGACCCCCGACAUCCUGGGAUCUUCAGGAGCUGCCGUGCAUACCUGUGUGAAAGCAACCUUCCACGCCUUUAACAAAUACAAGAGAGAAGGGUUUUGCCUUCAGAAUGUCGACAAGGCCCCUCUGGCUAAGAGGAGGAAAAUGAAGAAGACCAGCACCAGCACUGAGACCCGCAGCAGCUCCAGCGAGAGUUCUCAUUCUUCCUCCUCCCAUUCUCAUGGCAAAACCACACCCACAAAGGCCCUGCAGCCCAGCAACCCUGCAGACAGCAAUAACCCAGAGUCUCUCUUCCAGUUUGCGGACUGAGCAGUGGAGUCCAGCCGGCAGAGACGUCGCUGACCGCGCGUGCCCUCAGCACUCGCCCAGGGCCAGGCUUCUGCGCUACAGACCUGUCCCGUGGUCUCGUUGGAAUCUGAAUCUUAGGGAAUUUUUUCAGGAAAACCCCAUUGGUUGUCCUUGUCCAGAAGCACUGGCCCGAGAGCGUUACUGUGAAAAGAGCACAGCGCCUGUGGCGCGGCCAGCGUGAGGCCCACGGGCCGCCCUCACCAGAGCAGAGGGUCUGUGAGUGUCAUUCCAGCUGGGCAGAUUUGAGCUGCUUGCGAAAGAAGCCACAGGUUUUUCAGCCAUCUGCCAGCCAGAGGCGGCCUGUGCUGUGAGGAGACCUCUUGCUUCCUUGUGGACAGUGUGGGCUUUGAAGAGAUUUGCACUUGGUGAUAGGAAAUUUAUCAGAGUAAAAGGUCUUGACUGUUUUCAAAAGAUUCUGUAAUAAAUUUUAUGUGUGGCAUAUACCUAUUUCUUGAGAGAGGAUUUUAACUUAUUGUUUCUAUUUUCUGGUUACAUGGUGGUAACCUGCUAUUAUUAAUGUUUUUCUAAAGAGAAAAAAAAAGAAAAUAUAUGUAAGAACGUAAGAUCCCACACACUAUAUUCGGGAUACCUCUGAGAUGCAUGCUAAGCUACGUACGUUUUUAACUUUUGCACCGCUCUUUCCCAGUAAUUGUUUUAAUAGUUCUUGCAAAAUACUGAGGUACAUGUCUCUGUUUGGAGUAACAUUGCACUUUAUAAAAGAAUAUGAAUAAAGCAAAAUGUUUUAUAAGGUGCGCUGUUUAAAGCAUACGUACUGUAUUUUUCCCACUUUUCCCAUGAUCCACAUGUCCUCACAUCCCCCUGUGCUUUGAGACAGCGAGUGGAACGGGCCGCAUUCUAGAACUUACCAUCAGCCACUUAGGCGCCAUGUGAGCAAAACCCAAAGGGAAAUUGGACUAACACUGUGCUUCAUCUCUGUACACUGUGUUGUGCUACAGGGAGGCACUUCCUCCUGUAGCCAGAUAUUAUGUACAUAAUAUUUUAGAGUCAGAGCUAUGACUUGCUUUGAAAUUUUUCUGUUAACUUUUAAAUCCAGAAGGCAUAUUUUAUAAACUUACGCAGAGCACUUUUAUUGCUUAAAAGUUCUGAGUUCGAACAGAAAAAACAAGUGAUACACGAUGAAGACAUUUCACUGAAAGAUUGCUGCAUUUUAAAAUAUAAUCGAUUCAUUCCCUAUGCAAAAAAAAAAAAAAAAGUGAUAGGAUUUGUCUGUUAUGCUUUCUUUUAAAGCCAUCACAUGAAAUGUCAGGACUGAGAGAAGUGAUCUUUGCUAUGUUUACAGAAAUUGUGCUUCUAAAAGAUAAUGCCCAACCUGUUUAUUUUGUAGUUCUAGUUACUGAUGACCUCUUGAGCAUUAGUUUGGAAUUGGGACAUGAUAUUUAUUUAUUCUUUCCUUGAGAUCAUAGCAGCAUUAAUUUCAGCCAAUUAAUACUAAAAAUGUUGCACUCUGUAAUAGUAGCAUAUUUAUUACUGAUUCAAUGUAUAUAUAAUAGCACAGGCAACAAAAAUGGCAAAUAUUAAAAUAUUUUUAAAGUAUUGUAUUAUCCUGUUCACAUUUUUGUCCACAAUGGUGAUGGGGAAUAACUUUUUAUACUUUUCAGUGGCCCAGGGGGCUUUGUAGUUCUCACCGAACUACAGGUUUUAUGUCCUAACUUUCAGUAUUUCUGGUAAUAAUGAUGAAAGAAAGAUCUUAGAUGAAUCAUUGACAAACUGUCACUGAUUCAUUCACAAGAUGUGAUUCCACCUGGCACAGUUACAACAGUCAAGGAGAUGCCCGUUUAAAUCUGCGGCUAUGUUGAAUGUAUUUGGAAAAUACAUAGGUGUUAUUUCACCAGGUCACUUCUGAAACUCUGUGUCCUGGUAGAAAAUGCCAUCAUGAGUACAAACUAAAGGACUUGGUGGCCAGUGGAGGAACGGUCAGCGUGCCCUCGGCCCACUGGCCCCAUGGACUAAUGAUGAAUAUUGGAAACUGAUGCAUUGCCUUUAUUUUCCCUGCCUCCUCUUCCAGGGAAGCAGAAAAUGAAAUAAGAGGAAGGAAAGAGAAGGCCAAUCUGGCAACGAGGGAGCCUCCCUAAGUGAUCUUAAAUGGGCUUUUGAGCUCAGAAAGCACUCAGAGUGAUGCCUUUUGUCAAAUACCUUCACCCACACCCUACUUAUAAAUACCAGAAAGACUGUUUAAAGCUAAGUUCGCAGCACUUGAGUUGUAAUCAGGCCAUGGAUGGACAUUGUAUUGUACUUGCAGAGACAAACUUUCAUUUAAUCACAUCAAAAAUAAACUAAAGCGCCCUCCCUGGUGGAGCAACAG